AUGCUGUCUGCUACUACUUGGAUCCCAAGGGGAUUUGCAUCUGAAUUUCCAGAAAAGUAUGAACUUGAUGAUGUUGAAAUGGAAAGGAUUAAUCAGUUGGCGAAAUUGAAUUUGGAAGAUGCCAAACAGGACUUAAUGGAGGCUGAUGAUAAAGAAAGUGGAGGGAAGAAAGCUUUAGAUAAUUUAAAAAGUGAACUAGAGAUGGAUGAUGAUCUUAAGGAAUUUGACAUGGAGAAUUAUGAUAAUGACGCUGAUGGUGAAGAAAUUGCUAUGUUCCCUGGUCUACCAGCUGAAGCGACUUUCCACGAAGGCGAUGACGAAAACGAUCCAUACAUCUCGCUACCCACUAAGGAUGAUGAGCAUGAAGAGAAGCAAGAGCUUCAGAUCUACCCUACCGACAAUUUGGUGCUGGCUACAAGAACUGAAGACGACAUAUCAUAUUUAGACGUAUAUGUGUACGACGAUGGUGCUGGUUUUCAUGAUGGAGAUAUUCCAACCGAGGAAGGUGAUGAGAAGGACCCUGAUGUUGCGAGAGGAUUGAUCCGUGACCCAUCUUUGUAUGUGCAUCACGAUUUAAUGCUUCCCGCUUUUCCGUUGUGUGUGGAGUGGAUCAACUAUAAGCCCGGAUCUAGCUCAGACAACAUUGCAAACUUCGCUGCUGUUGGAACUUUUGACCCAUCAAUUGAAAUAUGGAAUCUUGACUGUGUGGACAAGGCAUUCCCUGACAUGAUUCUCGGCGAAUCAGGGGACGCUGGCGCAGGUCGCAAGAAGAGUAAGAAGAAGGGCAAGAAACAUAUCACUACUCAUCAUACUGAUGCUGUGUUGUCUUUGGCCCACAACAAACAAUUCCGUGCUGUCCUAGCUUCCACUUCUGCAGAUCAUACAGUAAAAUUGUGGGAUUUAAACAACGGAUCAGCAGCUCAGUCAAUUCCUUCGAUCCAUGGCAGUAAUCCCGUUGCCUCAUCACAAUGGCAUCCAACUGACGGCUCUGUCUUGUUGACUGGUGGUUAUGACUCUCGGGUUGCUUUAUCCGAUGUCAGAAUAUCUAACGACAGUGAGAUGUCCAAAUAUUGGUCAGUUAGCUCUGGAGAGGAUGUUGAAAACGUCUGUUUCGCAAAUGAAAACGUUUUCAUGGCAGGUACAGACAAUGGUAAUGUUUAUGCAUUUGAUUUGAGAAAUGGCGAGAAUGGCGCGCCAAUUUGGACUUUGAAAGCACACGAUGCAGGUAUUUCUUCCUUGUCGAUUAACUCUUCUGUCCCAGACAUGUUAAUUACCAGUGCAGUUGGUGAGAAAAUUGUAAAAUUAUGGAAAGCCCCUGUUUCAGGAUCGAAUGACGAACAUAAGGGACCUCAUAUGGUGUUAUCUCGUGAUUUCGGUGUCGGAAAUGUUCUAAGCACCAGUUUUGCCCCAGACUUGGAGGUGAACGGUACAAUCGUGGUGGGGGGUGUUAACCCAGGCUUAAAAUUAUGGGAUGUGUUCACCAAUAGAUCUGUUCGUAAAUCCUUUGCAAACGAGCUAAAGGAAGUAAAGCAAAAGGCUAGAGAAGAGGCCAGGAAGCUUGGAAGAUCCUCUAGAUUUUCGAGAAAAUACAUCAUCAACAAUAACGCGGAUACAGUUCUAACCGUGGAUGACCUUGGAGAGGAUGAAGAAGAACAGGAAGAGUCAUAG